AUGGCCGCGAGGAGCAUGUCCAAGGCGCUGCGCGCCCCUCUGGCCCGCCCCUUGGCUUCCCCCCGCCUCCAGCAGCGCUCCUACAUGGCGGCCCGCAACCUGGCCAGAGCCACGGCUGCCGUCGCCCGUCCGGCCAUUGCUCAGCAGCAGGUCCGCGGCGUCAAGACGAUUGACUUUGCCGGCGUAAAGGAGGACGUCUACGAACGUGCCGACUGGCCGCAGGAGAAGCUCCUCGACUACUUCAAAAAUGACACCCUCGCCCUCAUCGGCUACGGCUCUCAGGGCCACGGCCAGGGCCUCAACCUCCGCGACAAUGGCCUCAACGUCAUCGUCGGCGUCCGCAAAAACGGCAAGUCGUGGAAGGACGCCCAGCAAGACGGCUGGGUCCCCGGAAAGAACCUCUUCGACGUCGACGAGGCCAUCUCCCGCGGCACCAUUGUCAUGAACCUCCUGAGCGACGCUGCCCAGUCUGAGACGUGGCCCGCCAUCAAGCCCCAGCUGACACAGGGCAAGACGCUCUAUUUUUCUCACGGCUUCUCCCCCGUCUUCAAGGACCUGACAAAGGUCGAUGUCCCCAAGAACAUUGACGUCAUCCUGUGCGCGCCCAAGGGCUCCGGCCGCACCGUCCGCUCCCUCUUCCGCGAGGGCCGUGGCAUCAACUCGUCCUUUGCCGUCUUCCAGGACGUGUCGGGCAAGGCCGAGGAAAAGGCCAUUGCCCUCGGCGUCGCCAUUGGCUCCGGUUACCUGUACAAGACGACGUUUGAGAAGGAGGUGUGUUCGGACCUGUACGGCGAGCGCGGCUGCCUAAUGGGCGGCAUCCACGGCAUGUUCCUCGCCCAGUAUGAGGUGCUCCGCGAGCGCGGCCACAGCCCCAGCGAGGCCUUUAACGAGACGGUCGAGGAGGCGACGCAGAGCCUGUACCCGCUAAUUGGCGCCAACGGCAUGGACUGGAUGUACGAGGCAUGCUCCACGACGGCCCGGCGAGGCGCCAUUGACUGGACGCCCAAGUUCAAGGACGCCCUCAAGCCCGUCUUCAACGACCUCUACGACAGCGUCAAGGACGGCAGCGAGACGAAGCGCUCGCUCGAGUACAACAGCCAAAAGGACUACCGCGAGCAGUUCAACAAGGAGAUGGAGGAGAUUCGGAACCUGGAGAUCUGGAGGGCUGGCAAGGCCGUUCGUUCUCUGCGACCCGAGAACCAAAAGUGA